AUGGAUAAGGAUCUUGAUCUCUAUAUUAAUGUUAAAGUCAUGUAUAAUGAUGAUGAUUUAGAUAUUGAAAUAACUGGUGGAGUAUUACCUAGUGGAUCAUCUAUUGCUGUACGAAAAAUUGACGAUUGUAAAAAACGAUUAUUUGAAGAAAAUGAUUUGAUUGAAGAUGAACAUAGUUAUGUCGAUGAUAUAACAACAAUUAAAGAAACAAAUAGAAAAAAGCAGAAAUUACAUACAAUCGAUGUUCUAUCAAACAAGAAAAAUGAAUUUACACGUUAUCAUCGUACAAUACCUAAUAAAUCAUUUGUUGUUCUAACAAGUCAUUCUAAUGAAAGAUUUUAUCUUGAAUUAAAUGAUGACGACAAUUAUAAAUCUUUGGCAAUAACAACGAAUAAAACGCAAAGUUUAUUGAAAAUUUCGAUUGAUGAACUCAUGGAUCAACACGUUCGCAAAAAAUUGGAUGAGAUUAGUGCUGAAGUUGAUAAUAUUAUAGUAGGACAACAAGGUAAACAAUUAGAAACCAAUGAUUUAGACUUUGAAGAGAAAGAGUUGUGGGUAGAUAAAUUUGCUCCAAAAGAUUUUUGUGAAUUAUUGAGCGAUAUUGGAAUCAAUCGAACAUUGUUAGAAUGGCUUAAACUUUGGGACUAUUUAGUAUUCAAUAAAGAUUUAUCGCAUUUUCGACAAUUACAAAAUCGACAAUACAAUCAAAAGGAAAAUAAUAAUUCAAUAAAACAAGUAAAAAAAUCAUUUUUUCCAUCUGGUGUGCAAUAUGAAUUAGAUUCGAUUAAACGACCUCAACAAAAAGUUGCCUUAUUAUGUGGUUCACCAGGAUCGGGAAAAACAACAUUAGCUCAAAUUGUGGCACGUCAUGCUGGAUAUAAUAUUAUUGAAAUGAAUGCCAGUGAUGAUAGAAGUAUUGAAGCAUUUCGAACACGUAUUGAAUCAUCAACACAAAUGCGGGAAAUUUUAAAUAAAACUUAUCGUCCAAAUUGUUUACUCAUUGAUGAAAUAGAUGGAGCUCCAACACAAUCUAUUCAAUUAUUAGUCGAUUUAAUUAAUCGAGAACACGGGACAACAACAAAAAAUAGCAAAAAUAAUUCAUUUAUGUUAUAUCGACCGAUUAUCUGUAUUUGCAAUGAUUUGUAUGUGCCAGCGUUAAAAUCAUUACGACAAAUAGCACUUAUACUCCAUUUUCCACGAAUUGAUCAUCAAUCAUUAGCUAAACGAUUAAUGAUAAUUGCACAACAAUCAAAUAUAACUGCAGAUUUAAGUGCUAUAACGAGUCUAUGUUUGAAAUCUGUUUGUGAUGUACGUUCAUGUCUACAUUUUAUGCAAUUUGUUGCAAAAUGUGGUACACGAAUAGAUCGAAAACUUGUCGAUAGUUCGAUAAUUGGUGUCAAAGAUUCACAAAAAAGUAUGUUUGAAGUAUGGAAUGAAAUUUUACAAGCACCAUCAUCAAAAACAAAUCAAACAUCACUCGUACUAGAAGAUCCAUUAAUACGAAUGCAAAAAAAAAAUUCGACAACAGUAACACGGCGUUUACAAUUGAUCGAAAUGAUAUCAAAUUUAGGAGGUGGAAAUGAUCGAUUAUAUGACGGAUUAUUUGAAAAUUAUCUCACAAUUAAUCAUCGCGAUCGAAAAUUAUCAUCGUUGGCUUAUGCCAAUAGUUGGCUAUUAUUUUAUGAUAUUCUCAAUAAAGAAGUAUAUGCACAACAAAAUUAUUUUUUUUGGCAAUUUCUUCCCUAUACAGCUCUUACAUUUCAUCUAUUGUUUGCAUCAAAUCAACCUGUUCAAAUAAAAUAUCCACAAAAACAAGUCGAGAUGAAUACAAAACAUCGUACUUAUUUGUCAUCAAUUGAAACAAUGUUAGAAGGUAUUAAACCCAGCCUACGACAAUAUAUAAAUUCAACUACGCUUGUACUGGAUAUUUUACCGUAUAUGAUUGAAAUUUUACAACCACGAUUGAGACCGACAAAUAUGGCACUUUUUACUGCCAAAGAAAAAGACGAUAUCAAAACGUUAAUUGAUGUUAUGAUUACGUAUAAUCUAUCGUAUACACAACAACGACUUGCUGAUGGAGCCGCAAUUGUUUUAGAACCACCAGUCGAUGCUGUGGCAUUGUUUGCUGUUGAUCAAAAACAACGGAAUACUCUCUCAUUUAGUUGUCGUCAAAUGAUUUCGAAAGAAUUGACUAUUGAAAAAGUCAAACGACAUAUAAAAAUAAAACCUAAUUCGACAUCAUCAGCAACAAAAAUCGUCGAUAAAAUUACCAAAUCGUCAACGAGAAAAGAUUUUUUUGCCAAAUUCAAACUUGGUACAAAGGAAUCAACGAACACAAGGGGCAAUGUAACAUCGACAGAAAAUCAAACCGGCACUAAUAUAUUGGUAAAAAUAAUUGAAAAACCAAUUAUUACAUUCCAAUAUAAUGAAGGAUUUUCUGAUGCUGUACGAUGUCGAGUAAAAAUGCAAGAUCUGUUGUAG